CAGAGAUCCUCUCCGAGUAAACCCAACCACUCCGAGUGCGUUCGUUGUGUUCUCCUUUAAAACCGGUUCAGUGAAAUCGAAGAUGGCCGCCACCAUGAGCCACGUGUUCGACUACGAGAACGAGCUGAACGACAAUCUGUACAACCUGAAGAUGUCCGGCAAGAACGCCGCGAACAAGCGGGUCAGGAGCGUGCUGAAGCCCAUCAUGCGACUGCUGAAGAAGAGAACCAGCAGAGGCAAAUACGCCAAGGGACAGAAAGCGGUGCCGCAGGUCGAGAUAUUCACCGAGGAGGUGGACAACCAGAACAACGCCAACGAGGCACUGGAGAGGAGGCUGCUCGCCGAGCUCCAGGACGCCGAGGAGGGAGCGGCCAUCACCGUCUGCCUGGAUGGCCAGAUGACAGUUGUGCCCGUUGUCCCGGGUCAGUGCUACGUGCCCGUUCAUUUCGCGCACACCCACGCCGGAGACUUCUACUGGACCACUCUCAGCAUGGCCGACAGUGACCUGUGCUACAAAGAGCGGGCGUAUUCGCAGUACCAGACACCAGAGAUGCAGGUCGCGUGAAACGACGCAUCCCUCUGACUCAUCUACCUCACUCCAGAUACUGGAAUCGAGAGUCCACGACUCUACCUUGGGGAUACCCUGAAGAGACUGCCUUUAGAUUAGACGCGUUCGAAACUGUGAUACGUAGAUUGUAACGUUUUAAUCGGAGAUUCAUGGAGUUUGUCGACCUUUUUUUUUGGUUUGGCGAUAUGUGAUCGCAGAAUUGUGAUAUUUGUACCUAGUAGGUUAGGGAUACUUUGUGAUAGCGGCUUUAAGCAUCGGCUCGCCGGUGACACUUCCUAUUGUCUUCCAAUUUUUUAAGAGAAUAAAUGUAA